GAGAAGGGCGACAGCCAGGUAACAUUUACUGUGAAGGAGAUACGCUUACAUGUCGAGUUUUUACAAGGAAAAUAGUUCAGCCAACAUUAAAAAAACAAGUUAUGGAGCCGUGGAAGAGUCAUGUGCGUGCAGAAUUGUUUCAGAGGGACUGCAUGCAGAAAGAUCCUUUCUCUGGGCUCUGUGCUACAGUGUCGCGAUUAGAAGAAAUGCUAUGCCUUCAUAUGAGCCUAUUGGAAGACACUGAGAGACAGAGGCUCCCAGCUGAGGAAGAAAACCAUCUAAAACUGAAUCUGCAGCUGAAAGAGCGUGAACAUAUUAUAAAAGAGCUUACACAGAAAGUCUCAGACCUGACCAGUAAUCUAUACUUAAAGGAGGCAGAGCUUCAGUACUGUCACUCACAAGUCACCCGCUACCGUAAUGAAGCAGUUCUACUGGCCAGAGGAGUCAACUCGCUAAACAGUGAUAUAUCAGAUUAUCAGUAUAAACUGGAGUGUCAAUCAAAUGAGUUGGCAGCAUCGCAACUAGAGCAGAGAAGGCUGAGGGAGGAGCUCGAAGUUGCACGUCGACAAAAGGAGGAAUUGCUAGAACGCUGGCUCGAGGAGAAGAGGGAGGAGGCUGAACGGCUUAAUAAGCACAACGCCACACAAGAGAGAUGGAAUCGUUUUGCUGGUCGAUUGAAAAGGUUACACUAUGGAAGGCCCCGUCCACCAUCCUGUGCAACUAGCACUGGCACAAAUCAUCCAGAGAAGCUCAACUGAUUUGUCCACUGCCAAGCAUGAAAGAAUGAGUUGCUAAUAGUCUUUUCAUUCAGUUUCUUGAAAAUGCCCAUUUUGCUAAAGUUUCUUAUUUCAUAAAAAAAUAAGAAAACUGAAUUCUAUACUAAUGCAUAAAAUAAGAUUUGGGCAAAUUAACUCUUGUCAAAACAAGCUCCUGAACUAAUAUAUAGAUGGCAUUUGGUAUUCAGUAGUGGGAGGCUUUGGUUGGAAUUUUUACAAUUUUUUAUUAAAAAAGUUAAAUAAAUUUCGAAAUUCAAAAGACAAAAAGGUAAAUGACAAUGUCCUUUUUACGAUUAUUAAACUUGUAUUAACAUGAGAAUUUCUGAGGCUUGAUUUAAUCUCUAUCCAUCUGGCAGAAGAUUUUCAUUUUCACCAAAAGCAGCACUUCUUCCCCCAGAGGGCACUGCAUUGCAAUGUAAUGAAUAAAGGACAAAUGAGCCUGUACACCUGAGAGUUGAAUAUAGUAUGC